GGUGACGUCACGGCUAUUGUAGAAACAAGGAAUCGGUAAGCGCGUAGCACAUGCUCCGUGGCUAAAUGUGUGUUUUAAUAGGGUUAACAGCGUGUUAAAUUUUGAGUAUCGACUGUCUUAAGUGAAAUCCAUUGUCUUCCUCGACGGACGGAGAUGUCAGCUGCCAACGACGGCGGGGCUCGUCUCACCCAGUUCAAAAAUAAAGGGAAAGAUGCCAGCGAGCUGAGGCGCAGGAGAGUGGAAGUCAACGUGGAGCUCCGGAAAGCAAAGAAGGACGAGCAGAUCCUGAAGAGGAGGAAUGUCGCCAGCGUGGAGGACGAGCCAGGCUCUCCUCUCCAAGAGAAGGAUCCAAAUACCCAGCCUGCUCAGCACUGGUCUGUGGAGGAGAUUGUAGAAGGCAUAAAUAGCCAGAGUCUGGAUCAUCAACUGCAAGCCACACAGGCAGCCAGAAAGCUUCUCUCCAGAGAGAAACACCCACCCAUCGACAGCAUCAUCGCCGCUGGCCUCAUCCCCAGACUUGUCAGUUUUCUGGCCCUGUCCGAAUGCCCCCCUAUCCAGUUCGAGGCAGCCUGGGCCCUGACCAACAUUGCCUCAGGCACCUCAGACCAGACCUCCGCCGUGGUGGACGGAGGGGCCAUCCCAGCCUUCAUCAGCCUGGUGAACUCACCGCACCCCCACAUCAGCGAGCAAGCCAUCUGGGCCCUUGGCAACAUUGCAGGUGAUGGAUCAAACUACAGGGACGAAGUCAUCAAACACGGUGGCCUCCAGCCACUCCUGGCCCUGCUGGCAGCCCCCAGCCUGUCGGUGUUUCCUUCUGGCUACCUGCGCAAUGUCACCUGGACGGUGUCCAACCUGUGUCGGAACAAGAACCCAGCUCCUCCUCUAGAGGCGGUGCAGCAGCUUCUCCCAGCCCUGGUGCGUCUCCUGCACCAUGACGACCAGGAGGUGCUGGCCGACACCUGCUGGGCCGUGUCCUACCUGACCGAUGGCCCCAACGAGAGAAUAGAGGUGGUGGUGCAGGCCGGCCUGGUGCCCCGCCUGGUGCAGCUACUAGCAUGUGGAGAGCUCUCCAUUGUGAGUCCGUCCCUGCGGUCAUUGGGCAACGUUGUGACGGGGACUGACGAGCAGACCCAGAGCGUGCUCAACGCGGGCGCCCUAGCUGUCUUCCCUGGCCUGCUGCGCCACCACAAGGCCAGCAUCCAGAAAGAGGCGGCCUGGACUGUGUCCAACAUCACUGCCGGGAAGGACAGCCAGAUCCAGGAGGUUAUCAAUGCAGGCCUGGUGCCCAUCCUGGUGGAGCUCCUCCAACAGGGAGAUUUUAAGACCCAGAGGGAGGCCGUGUGGGCCAUCACCAACUACACCAGCAGUGGCACGCUGGCACAGGUGGCUUACCUGGUCCAGUGCAAUGUGCUAGAACCUCUGCUAAACCUGCUGACAGCCAAAGACAGCAAGAUCAUCUUGGUCAUCCUGGACGCCAUCUCCAAUAUUUUCAUGACUGCAGAGAAGAUGCAUCAGACCGAGGAGCUGUGCCUCAUGAUUGAGGAGUUUGGAGGUCUGGACAAGAUCGAAGUGCUGCAGUCCCACCAGAACGAAGCCGUCUACAAGGCCUCUCUCAACAUCAUUGAGAAAUACUUCUCAGAGGAGAAUGAAGAGGAUGAGUCUGUGGCUCCUGAGACCACUACAGACAGCUACGCCUUCCAGAUCCAUGACAACCAAAGCACGUUCAACUUUUAACAAGUCCACUUGGCGCUCUCUCUCUCUCUCUCUCUCUCUUAUUUUUUGAACAAUAUUUCUUGUCUAAAUUUUAUAUUUGUCCAACUGUCCUUUAUUUCAAACCUGUACAUAACAGUACAAAGAAAGAAUAUCCACAUUUUUAAUGCAAGAUUUGUAAAUAAAUUUUUAUUAAGAAA